AUGGAGCAAAAGGAGGCAAGAGAGCAUGCGGUCGAGCCGCUACUUAGGGGUGAUGAGGCCCUGAAUUGCGCUUCAGAAGAAGAGUUCAAAGACGAGUAUGCGAGAUUUGACCAGAAACCGAAGAGACGUAUAUGGAGGAGGAUAUUUCCAUGGCUGUUGCAUAGCUCGAUAAUAGUCAUAUAUUCGCUGGUUAUUUUUGCCAUUAUCCUACCCAGGCUCCAGAGACAUGUUUUGCAGGAAGGAAAAGAAGGCAAUCAACCACAUCUUCCACGCCUGAAAUGGGAGUACCGUCGGUUCCCAACAAAUAUCGUGAACAACCCCUUUGCUGGGCCUCCUCGUGAGGAGAUGGAGCAAGCAUGGCACAAGUUUCUGCGAAACGACAACAUCCGUGUUCCUAUCGGCUAUCUGAAGGAGAAGAACUUGACUUCAGUAUAUACCAAAGAUCACUCGGAGGGUAUCGCAUCACUAAGUGUAUAUCACUCUCUUCACUGCUUGAAAAAAGUCAAGCGCAUGAUGUUCAAAGAGCAUUAUUACGCCAACAAGGACGAAGAGUCUAUGGCCCGUGAAAUAAAGCACGCCGACCACUGUGUGGAAUAUAUUCGAGAGUCCCUGAUGUGUCAACCGGACCUGUCCCUCGUCACCUUCCGCUGGAUCAACAACACAGCCCAGCACGAAGAUCCGACGGAGUUUUACCCGACAAAUUUUGAUAAAGAUAUGCACUAUUGCGCAAACUGGGAACACCUUGACGGGUGGGCUGGAGAGCGAAUGUUUGAUCUGUUUAGAGUGGACUUGUUGGAUAGGCCAGAGAAGAGUUCGGGUUGA